CCAUAAAUGGGUGACUGCUGGUUAAUGGUGGUGGAGUGGUACAUCAGGAUAUUGAGAACAUCAGGACAAACUCUCACACACGAUGCCCUAGCGAGAGUGUGCACCUGAUGCUAUCUGGAAAGGAACACUUGAGAGACUAAAAGUGGCUUUGAGAGGUAUACCGAGAAUCGAUGUUGCGUAUGAUUUUCUGUUGAAGGCGCUUUUGGAGGAGUAUAGGAACAAAGCAAGAUUCAUCGGCAAAGUAAGCGGAGUGGAUUUAGAGAUUGCGAGCAACGAAUAGAUCCCCUGGAUUGUUGCGGGGUACCAUGGCUUAGACAGCACUAGAUCAAUUGAAAUGAAAGGAUCAGCUUGAAUGAAAGAUGCACUUGGUGAGCGGGAACUAUGAAAAGCCACAUUUGGUGGAAAAUGGAGAUGCAACGUCACGUCAAAAGGGAUGAGACCCUCGAAAAAAAAACGCCAUAGUCACUGCACAAAGUAGACUAGACAAGUAACCCGUUUCCAGAACGGUUGAUAGGAUCGAUGAGUUGCGUAAUGAGAUUGUGUGGUGAGCGCACACGAGUUAACUAUUGGGGGAGGGAUUAGAAUUUAAACUGGCCCAACAAACUCAGCCCAUCGUUAACUUUGUGGGGGGCGCGUGGAGUGUUGCAACUUUUUUGUUCAAUCGUUCCCAAAAAAACCUACAUACCUGCAGGAAUGAGAGCUGCAAUUGUCUUUGUGACUGCUCUCUGUGCAAGUAGGGCAUGGGGCAUGCCCGAAGCAUCGUUUUUUACUGCAGUCGUCUCGUCCGCUUCCAGUGGCAACCUGGACACAUAUGAUAUUAUAAGUGCGCAGCCCAUUACAGGAAUUCAGUCUCCGGUGUUUCCACUCUUAUUCAACACUCUAGCGGCCCCUGCUUCAUGGGUGGGACAUGUACAAGACGUUGCUGAUGGGUGUGCGUUCAACACUACUACUCUGUUGAGCCUUGGCAAUAUCCGUCGGGUGCCUCUUCUCGAACUAGGGACUGCGGAUUGUGAACCACUAGACGCUCUACAAGGAAUCUCUACAUUACGUCCUGCUGGCGUUCUCGUCUAUGCCGCAUCAUCAGAUAAUCAGCUCAAGUAUCCAGAUACCUUGGAGCAGUCCCGCUUUCCCAUCAUUCAGAUUGAAAGGAAGGUGGCCCAAAGCAUUAAAACCGCGAUUCUGGAGCUGGCAAGCCGGAAUAUCACUGGUGCGGGGGCGGUGAAUACUUCAAUGGCGAUUGCGUAUGCGGCCGUGACUCAAGCGAUACCAGAUGCAACGCCAAGUCCACGCAUUCCGCAAGGAAAUGUGGAUGUCGGGUUACUCUGGCAAUUUGGACUGGCGCUGAUCGGUGGUAUCCUCUUUUUUGGCAUUCCCUGCACGUGUGUGCUCUCAUGGUGGGCUCGAAGACGGAUCGAAGCUAGCAGAGCACUGACCUUGGCGGAUGUCGAAGCGAAUGUGCUUGUGGCCGACAUGUCCUCACACCAGUCGAGCAGCAACCUUAUGAAGGAAACAGAUUUGAAGCAUUUCCCCAUCAAACGGUAUCGUCCGCAUCAAUUCAAACGACAGCAGCUCUCAAUAUGCGACGAGAAGAUAUCUGUUAAGGAAUCCAUGAAGCGGGAAAGUGGUGCACCUCAGACGCCAACGACCUGCCCACCCGACUUCCUCCGCACUUCAACCUUCCCCGAUUCGACCAUCACCCUUUCAGAAGAAGAACCGCAACCACCUACCCAUCAAAGCAUUCCCGAAAUCAGCGACACUGCAUCCUUACGAUCCACAGCAAGAUCACUGGCAUACUGUAUCGACAAUUGUCCAAUAUGUUUGGACCAAUUUGAAGAAGGGGAACCUAUUCGAGAACUUUUACCGUGUCAACACUACUUUCACAACGAAUGCAUUGAACCCUGGCUAACUCAACGGAAGAGUAUAUGUCCCAUGUGCAGAAUAAAUCUGUUAGAGACUUGCGGGAGUUCCCCAAAUAUUCCUGGCGUGGAUCUCGGUGACGGGCUCACGGCUCCACGAGUUGAAGAGAGACGUGCAUUGGGUCAAGACCAACCGGUCGUUCACGAAGAAUUGUCCGUCGAUAAUGCCGCGACACACCCAUACCGAGUACCAUCCUAUCCGCACAGUGACAUUGGCACACGCGUUCCCCUUUACGACUUGGCAGACGGACACCCGCGAGAUUUAUCAAAUUCAUAGCACAUAGUGUAUAAUUGUAGUCAUUAUGUACAGAGCACGGUUUAAUCGGCAUUUUUACUUUUGUUUCGCAACGCAGUUUUUGAUGAUGGCAGUUUAGUUGAUGAGGCUUGGUGGCAGCCUAUUUGAUAGACGAAUCCAUUGAAUUAAAACACAACAAGUACAAAAAGUAGUACCCGGAAAUCCAACGUGCAAAUCGACCUUCAAAAGUGCUUGAUCUUUCCUACAUCUAAGCGUUGCAACAUGCAGUUACUUAAGAUUUAAGGCGCAGCAGAUAGACUUGA